AUGUUCGGGCUUGAGCCGCCUCCGAAGCGGCCUCGACUUGAGCAACAUUACUCCUCUCACUCUCGAUCUCGAUCCUUCGACGACACGCAGCCGCCAUCAACCGAGCCAACAGCCGAACCGCAACCGGAGACAGCAGAGACUGAAAAUGACGAUGCCCAAGGAUGGCAGUCUCACGCACCCAAUCCAGAUCAGACCUACACCUCCCCUGGACCCCAGAUUCAGACCCCUGCUCCCGCGCCAGAACCACUCACUGGCCCCUCGCCUUCAACAGCUAGCCUCAACGGAAGCUGGUAUCAGGAUGGAUUCUCGCAAGACCCUGGCUUUCUAGCAUCGCAGGAAGAACUCCGCGCAAUCCUUUUCACCCUCGCAAACUCGGCGGCGCCCACGAGAGCGAGUAGUCCUGAGCUUGGAAAGACAUCAACCACAACAUCGCCGGCUGUAUAUCAGUACCAGCAACCACACUAUUCCAGAGAUCAAAGGAGGAGAUCAGGCAGGGACGUAGUUCCUCGAUCGCCAUUAUCGUCGCGGAGGAGAAUCGAGUAUCUGAAGAACUAUGUUGCCGAGAUUGCGCCUUGGCUCGAUAUGUUUGAUUCGCAUUGUACAUUCGCCCAACAGAUUCCUACCCUCUCGCACUCUUUUCCCGCCCUUCUAUACGCAAUCCUCGCCAUAUCCGCCCGACAAAUGGAGCGGAAAUCCGGAUCUGGGACACAAGACUGGUAUGACAGUCUAGAGCUAUACCAGGAGGCUAUCCGGCUGUUAUCGCCGCUACUGCAAGUUCGCGAUCCGAAGAUCGUUGCCGCGUGUGUCCUGCUCUGCUGUUUGGAGAUGAUGUCUGCCCGGGCGCAAGACUGGCAUCGGCAUUUGGAGGGCUGCGCUGCGCUGUUUGAAGCAAGUGGCAUCCAUGGGUUUUGCGGUGGGUUGCUGCAGGCUGUCUUCUGGUGUUAUGCUAGGAUGGACCUCUGCGGAGCUCUCAUCUCAGACGGAACCCGGACAACGACCCUACACCCUUCCAAAUGGCUUCCCAUGGGUUGCCGCGAAGAAGAUGCAUACAAAUUGUUUUCAGAAGCCCGAUCACCAGACAUGCACGCGAAUUACGCGGUAUAUCUCUCGGUCAAAACCACGGAGCUCGUCUCCAACCGCACCAAAUAUGUCGAACUUGGCGAAGAUAACGGCUGCACGACGGAAGUCUUCAACAAUCGCUGGUCCACGCUCUGGAACAACCUGCAGACCUGGCUCGCCGAGCGUCCUGCCGAGCUCCUUCCCGUGCAAACCAUUGCCCGCAAGCCAUUCCCGCACAUCCUCUUCGUACAUUGGGCAGCGAUCUCCUCGAACCAGCUCUAUCACACGGCUUGCAUUCUGCUGCUCAAAAUGAUGCCUAGGGGCUUACACCUCCCGCGGUCUCCAACGCUGUCCCUGCUUUGGCAUGCACGGAGGAUAUGCGGGAUCUCCACGAGUAAUAAACACCAGGGAUGCCUUAACAAUGCAAUCCAGCCGCUCUGGAUUGCGGGGCGGUUAUUCAGCCAUGCCUCGGAGCAUGAACAGAUUGUCAAGAUUAUUCGUGACAUUGAGGCCGAAACAGGGUGGGGUGCUGUUUGGCGAAUACGCGACCUGGAGGUUGCAUGGGGAUAUAGUACGCGACGGGAGACGAGCUCACAUUCUCAGGGCGGACAGCAGCAUUUUCCGUCGACCCCGAUGGAGCACCAGCAUGUCGCUGUGGGAUGA